UUUAUAUUACACAUAACAUACUUUGGCUGCUUAUCAAAUUGUCUGCUAAGAAAAUUACAAUGGAAUUUUUGUUUGCAUCGGAACUCUAUAACGAAUCAGAUUCGGAGCAACCGGUCGAAUCCGAAGAAAACAGCGAUGAAGAAAAUAUGGUACACAUUGAUAAUACCAUAAAAAAUAUAAGUAGAAAUUUGCGCAAAGGAGAUUGGACAUAUUUGGGAAGACAUCCAGAGAUACGUGCUAUAAUUCGCGUGAUUAUAAUGCAAGCCGUUAAACAGAAGCCCAGCGACAUUUUUGCAUUUGCCGCCGAUCUGUUUAGUAUAAAGAAACAAAAGCAAUUGAUAAAAUUGAUCAACAAACAACUGAAAUGGGUGAAUAAAUUGAUCCAUAAGGGCAACUGGUCGGCUGUCGAUGGCGCCAUGUUGUUCUCUGAAAGCUCCGAUUGUCAUAUGAAAAAAGAAUGCUCAGGCAUGGACCAACCACUUGAGACCAUUUUUGAAGUGAAAAAUAUGUGUCCGGAAAAUUUCAAGCCCAGUUGCUGAAUUUUUUGAAAAAUAUUGUAGAUAUUGAUGUAAAAUUAAUCAA